GCAGGGGGCGCUAUGCGACCCGUCAUAAAAGCAAAAGAAGAAGAAGAAGAAGAAGAAGAAGAAGAAAACAACACGAACUUCUGUCGAUGCUAGGUUAACCAGGUAAAGCACAAGUAGAAGUAGAAUGACUCGCCAUGGAAAGAACUGCACGGCCGGAGCUGUGUACACGUACCACGAGAAGAAGAAAGACACGGCGGCGUCUGGUUACGGCACACAGAGCAUCCGACUGGGCAAAGACGCCAUCAAAGACUUUGACUGCUGCUGCCUGUCCCUGCAGCCCUGUCGGGACCCUGUGGUGACUCCAGAUGGAUUCUUGUACGAAAAACAGGCCAUCCUCGAAUACAUUUUGCACCAGAAGACGGAAACUGCCAAAAAAAUGAAGGCGUACGAGAAGCAGAAGCAGGUGCAGAAGAGCAGCAGCCAGCUGGAGUCCAAGUCGUCGGAGAGAGAGCGGGUGGAGCUGUUUAAAACGCGGGAGAACAGCAUCGUGUCCAAACCCAUCAACCCCUUCACAUCUGGGCUGAACAGAGGAGGUGAUCCGGGCCGAGCAGACAGCAGCUCGGCGGCAGAGUCCUCUUCGUCCUCUUCGUCCUUUUCGUCCUCUGCGUCCUCGUCCUCGUCCAGCGUCAGCCUACCCAGCUUCUGGGUCCCCUGUCUGACUCCAGAGGCCAAGCCCACUCUGCUCAAGAAACCUAGCAAGGUGGUGUUGUGUCCCAUGUCAGGACGAGCCAUCAGGAUGAACGAGCUUAUCACCGUGCGCUUCACCCCGCUGGACCCCAGCCUGGACCGCGUGGCCCUGCUCACCCGCCAGGACCGGUACGUCUGUGCCGUAACCAGAGACGUCCUAGGAAACAGCGUCCCCUGCGCUGUCCUGCGGCCCUCGGGUGCCGUGGUGACGCAGGAGUGCGUGGACAGGUUGAUCAAGAAGGACAUGAUGGAUCCUGUGACUGGAGACAAACUGUCCGACAGAGACAUCAUCCCCCUCCAGAGGGGGGGGACCGGCUUCGCUGCCUCAGGGAUUGACCUCAGUGCCAAAGAGGCUCGUCCGGUCAUGCAAGUGUGAGGCGAAGGCCCGCGGCGUGCACAGCGGCGUGUCGGGCUGGUUCCGUGGACAGCCUAGCUCACUGACUGCUUCUCCCAGCACGUUCACAACCUUGACCUAUUUUGUCGUCUGCUGAAAUGUCUUUCAUGUUCCCGUAGCUAAUUGGCAUUUUUUCCAUCAUAGACCACCCGUUAUCUGACUAAGUGUCUAUAUGAGACGAGACGAGGCAGAGGACUCCACCUAUGCACCUGUCUGCAGUGUCCCCUGGUCGGGUUGCAGUCUUGCAUCCUUAUCUUGCUCAUUAUAAGGCUCUACAUAAGAGUAGAAUCCAAUGAAUUGAUCUAUCAAUCAUUAAUUGUUUGCCAUGGGAUUAGUUUGAUAGACCGUUCCACCCUGAUGACGAGAUACUGUAAAUGUUUCCUAGCUUUUAUAUUUGAUGCUCAGGGCCAGGCUCUGGUUCCUAUUAAACUGCAUAUAAGUUUAAGUCGUGUUUGCGUGUUGAUAUAUUUUUGACACUUUUAAAUCUGUCUACACCUGCGUGACAUUGUGCAUUCGACACAGUGAUGUCACAUUAUUUUGACCAAAAUGUUAGGUAGACAUGAUGUCAGCUGUUAUAAAGAUCACUUUCAGAGAGUUUCAAGUCAUUACCAUUAAACGUUAAUCAUAUGGAACCCAUAA